GGGGUGGAUCCAGCUGCCCCCAAAACAAUGGGGGGAAAGAGGAACAGGAAGAGAAUGAAGGAGAAAUGAAGGAGAAGCUGGGAGGGGGAGCAGCCAAGAGGGAAACUCAGGGGGAAAACUCCCUCAGGAAACCAGGCGAAGGAGACCAGGCCCAGGGGAAUCUGAAAGGGGAUUGGCCAGCUGUCCAAUGGAGAGGCUUCUGAUUGGUCCGGCCCCGCUCGGGUGGGAAAUGGGGUCAAAAUCCGCUUGGGGGGGGGGGAGAUCAUUUUUGGGAGGGGGGGGAUCUCCUGUCUGGGAAGCUGCCCCCUCCAUCCUCCCCCCACUCACUGAGCUGGAGGGGUUUUUUAAAAGGGGUUUCUUGAUGGAGCCAUUUCUGAGCCCAAGACACCUCCUGCCACUGCGCAACUUUCGCCUCUUCUCCAUCCCAGCCUUUCCUUGGGAUCCUGGAGCCUCUAUUUUGGGGGAGGGGCAGAGCCAAGGUAAACCCCCCCCAUGGCCACCCCCGUCUCCCUUGCUGUUAUGUUAGUCUGCUUAGAUGUGGGCUCCUUGGGGCAGAGUCCUUGGCACAGAGGGAGAAAGAGGGAGGGAAGCAGGGGCAGCCCCUAGAGCUCAGGCGCAGAAGCAGGAAAAACUGCAGCCAGGGAGAGGGAGGGGAGGAUUUGGUGCUUUCAGCUUUGCAAGGGUUAAAAGGAGCAGAGCUGGAUUCCUAGAGAGCACAGGAAGUGAAGGGGGCGCAGGUCCUCCCUGGCCAAAUUCCCUUCCUGCAAGCCGAGAGGAGGCUGCUUUCUUCUCUCGCCUUGGCAAAAGCUUCCUGGGUGAGUCUCCUCUCUCUUUCCCCUGAGGGUGCCGUGGGGAGAAGGGGGUCCCAGGGGGCAGGGAGGGGCAUGGGGGUCCCUGCUCAGUUCAUGCGCGGUGGGGGGAGACCCCCAAGUCAGAGAGCGGAGAGUCAUGGCAGAAGGCAAAGGAGACGCAGCAGCGACGGGGAGAAAUGGCAGGCGUCGCCCCGGGAGUUGGGGUGAGAGGGGCGGAGAGGAGGAGGCUGGACAAGGGGCAGAAAAGGGGGAGAAGGGCCAAAACAGGCCGGGGAAGGAAGGUGGGGCACCCGGGGUGGAGGGAGGCGCUCCCCGGCUCGCGCCGUCCUAGCCUGGAGGUCAUCUUUUCCAGGGAGGCUUCUCUUCUCAGGAGGGGGCCAAAGUCUUGGCGCCUCAGCUUCAGGAUCUGUCCUUCCAGUGAGCACUCAGGGCUGAUUUCCUUCAGAAUGGAAAGGUUUGAUCAUCUUGCAGUCCAUGGGACUCUGCACCAUAAUUCAAAUGCAAUGUAAUGCAAUCCAUUACAAUGAUCCAAUGGAAGCUCACAGUCACUGCAAACAUUCCAGCAACAAUAUUGACAGGAAAUCCUCCUUACCUGCUGGAUUUCUGCCUGCCAGAAUGAUGUAGAAACCCAGCCCAAAAAGUGGGGAGGGGGGAUGGUGGGAGAGAGAGCAACAAAGCCUGCUUCUCUUCCUCAUAGAUUGGCAUACCCCAGGGCAGCAAGGUCCCUUUGGUUCCCCCAUGAAAUAUUUGAGGCCCCCACCCCGUUAAUGGGCAUUGCCAUUCAACUGGUGUGUGCACGCUGCAUCUUGUGAUCAGUUUUGCAGGGUGGGGCUUACUUGGGUCCAUGGGCGUCCGAUGGGGAGAAUUAAAUCCUUAAUUAAAUGAGAUUCUGCCCCUUAACAUAAAUCCUGGCUAUGCCCGAUGCCUACUCCUCCUAAUAUUUUAUUCAAGUUGGCACCCCUGAUUAACUGUAGCUGUUCACUGCUGCUGCUAUUAUUAUUAUUACUACUACUACUACUACUAUUAGGUGUGUAUCCUGCCCUUCAUCCAAAGUUUACAGGGCGAUUCACAACAUAAAAAUGCAAAAUUAGAACACCAAACGCAUAAUGAAACAAAGACAAAGGCAAACCAAUGAUCUCUCCUCCCACAAACAUAUUUAAAAGGCCAUAGAAUGCUAACCAGCCAAAGGCCCAGUUAUAGAAAAAGGUUUUUGCCUGGCACCUCAAGAUGUCAGGAAGGGGCCAGGCGAGCCUCUCUUGGGAGAGCUUCCCCCAAAUGGGGAACCACUGCAGAAAAGGUUCGUUUUUGUGUUGCCACCACCCAGACCUCUCAUGGAGAAGGCACACAGAGAAGAGGCUGGAUGGCCAUCAGUCAGGGAUGGUCUAGUUGAGAUUGCGGCAUUGCCCCAGGGGGUUGGCUAGAUGACCCUCAGGGGUCCCUUCCUAGUCUACAACUCUCUGGCGCAGGUUUGUGAAGAUUUUUAGGUACAAGUUGGAUGCAGGGGGUGCAUAGGAUUCUAGCCCAUCUUAUGCACCGUCGGCUCAGGAAUAAGUCCAUGAUGAGACUCCCAGGCUGUGCAGUCCUGCUUUUUAAAUAAAUGUUUUCCUUUUCAGAUAAUACAGAGCAUGGUGAAAUCCCAAUAAAUAGUGCCUUUGCUAGACUCUUUUCAGGUACCUGCUAAAAGCAGACUUGUUUAGGCAAGCUUACUCAGAUGCUUGGGAAGCUGAAGUAAUCUUAAUCUGUUUUAAUAGUUUAGAUUUUGUAUGUUUUAAAGUAGGCUUGUUAAUUUUUCUUGAUUUUACUGCUGUGAUUUUUUGUUUUGUUUUAUGUUUUGGUAAACAGUUUUGCAGGUUUUUAAAAAUAAACUUUAUUAAAUAAACAAUAAAUAUAAAUAAAAUAACAGAAGCCAAAACACAACCCAUCCUGUAGAUUUAAGUAUCUGUCCCCAGUGGCCUACUUGUUAUCAGAGGCCCAGAAUCCACAUUCCUUUGUAAGAAAAUAUGAAAUAAAGUCAAAACAAAAUCAAUGGGGGGGGGGGAGUUACAAGAAAUUUUCCGCACCGGCUAACACCUGACCAUGCUACGCCACAGCAUGGGGGCAUGCAAAGAAACCCCCUUCAGAUUGAGGGAUAAGUCAGAUUUGUUAACAGAGGCCGUAGCCAGACGGGAACAUUUGCACAUGGGAGGAGCACAGGGAGAAGAAAAGCCCUUCUGCAUCUGCAGCAGCACAACCGGACCACUUCCUCUGUCCCAGAUGCAACAAAACAUGUCUCUCCCCUAUUCAGGCUAAACAAGUAGACAAACUAAUGUGAAAGCAGAUUUCAGAUCUAUCCUCAGGAAAUGCUAAACAAGGAUAAAAGACUCCUCCCAACCUUAUGAGGAGGGAUUAUCAGUCACUGGGUGGCUUGUACUAUUAACAGAGGACAUGGAACGCAUAAAAUCCUUUUUGGCUGACUGUAAUAAAAUUCUAACCAUCCUGAUAGGUACUUGUAAAACCUUCUGGAAAAAUCUAGCAGAGCGCCUGUGGGUUUUGAUAAAAAAGAAAUGGAAAUUGGUGCAGUCUCAAAAGAGGCUAGUUCUUUCAAGCUACCCUCAGCCUUUGGGAAUCUUGUCACAAGAGGAGUGUAAAGCUCACCUCUGGAGUUUAUAAAGGGUAUACAUGCCUGGUGUUCUUAAGAACACUACAGAUUUAGGACAUGUGGAAGAUCUAUACUUUGAUGGCUUCCAUGCCAGGGUGGGGGCCACAUUUUGAGACUGGAGACUUGCGAAGGUUGUGUAUAAACACAGACAAUAUCUAAGGAGGAGUGGUGUAUUCGUCUCAUAUUUCAGAAAUGUGGAAUCACCAGCUCCUCUGCUUCCACAUACAGAUUUGGUCCCCAGGCAACCCCUGACAGAGGCAAAUAGGGCCACAACAUCUGCCUGGCUUGCAGUGAGAGAGCUCAAAGUGUGUGAACUGGGCUCUCCAUUCAAAGCACCUAGCAUGGGGGCACCCACAUGUCAUAGCUACUUGUCUACUUUCUGCCCAUGCUCUGGGGUUGCAGUUUUCAGGAUUGGGGACAGGGCGCCACUGGUUUUGCCACCAAGUUCUGUCCAUAAGCCCCACUGAGUUCAAUGGGAUCUACUCUCUGGUCACUACUGUGCAGACCAUGCCAGCCUUAGGAAGUGGGGUGAGGAGCAAACAGGUGAAAUUGGAGCCACUGGAGAUGUUUAGGGAAAGGGCUUCUGUUGGGAAGGGGCUGCCCCAUUUGUGCUUCUCCAGGGGCAGAAGAAUAUCUAGGGCAGGAGAAUCCCUGCAGGGCCUCUGAGGUUCCCUUUGCUUCUUCCUCUCUCCCAGGCUCCUCAACUCCUUAGGAAGGAUGAAAGAGACGGAUCCUGCAAAGCUAGCGAGGAUGGAAGGGGGAAGAUGGACGGUUGACCUGGUCAGGUUGUCUCCCGCAUCCCUCCCCACAACCUCUGAGCGUUCCCUCUCAGGGACCUCCAAGAGAUCUGGUGACUUGGAUGGAUGGAGCUGGAGAGGUAUUGGGGCUUGCUCAGCUUGGGGGUGGGGGGAGGCAGGCAGGCUGAUGGAGAUGGAGAAGGAGAGCACCUUUUCAGGCUCCUCCACCUGCCUGCCUGAACCUGCCUGCCUGAACCUCCACUGUUUGGAGGGAGACCAACAGCGUCUGGGAUUCUAACAUCCCCACUGUGAACCCUGAAUGGAGGGAUAUCAACUCUUUCCUCUCUGAAUGUUCUCCAUCUAAUCAUGCCUUUUUAAACAAGGACCAGGCUUGUCUGAACCUCCCAGGCCUUCUUCAAUAUUGGCUUCAGAGCUUUUAGGGAAGUUGAAAUAACUUCUGUGAGGUCUGUUGUUUUGGCUCUGUCUGCAUUUGACUGACCUUGGAGAUGGAGUGGAUUCCAGGAUUGCGCCAAACAAAAUCUAUCCCAGAUUAAGGCCAAGCAAUAUGUCAGUUAAUACCAGUCAACAAAGGCAGUGAAAACUAUAGUAAGGCCUCACACCUAAAUCUCUCCAGUUCUUCCUCUGUCACAAGCAUUUAUUAACCUUGACAGAUUAGAGAACUGGGCCAAAACAAACAAGAUGAAUUUUAACAGGGAGAAAUGUAAAGUAUUGCACUUGGGCAAAAAAAAUGAGAGGCACAAAUACAAGAUGGGGGACACCUGGCUUGAGAGCAGUACAUGUGAAAAGGAUCUAGGAGUCUUGGUUGACCACAAACUUGACAUGAGCCAACAGUGUGACACGGCAGCUAAAAAAGCCAAUGCAAUUCUGGGCUGCAUCAAUAGGAGUAUGGCAUCUAGAUCAAGGGAAGUAAUAGUGCCACUGUAUUCUGCUCUGGUCAGACCUCACCUGGAGUACUGUGUCGAGUUCUGGGCACCACAGUUCAAGAAGGACACUGACAAACUGGAACGUGUCCAGAGGAGGGCAACCAAAAUGGUCAAAGGCCUGGAAACGAUGCCUUAUGAGGAACGGCUAAGAGAGCUGGGCAUGUUUAGCCUGGAGAAGAGGAGGUUAAGGGGUGAUAUGAUAGCCAUGUUCAAAUAUAUAAAAGGAUGUCACAUAGAGGAGGGAGAAAGGUUGUUUUCUGCUGCUCCAGAGAAGCGGACACGGAGCAAUGGAUCCAAACUACAAGAAAGAAGAUUCCACCUAAACAUUAGGAAGAACUUCCUGACAGUAAGAGCUGUUCGACAGUGGAAUUUGCUGCCAAGGAGUGUGGUGGAGUCUCCUUCUUUGGAGGUCUUUAAGCAGAGGCUUGACAACCAUAUGUCAGGAGUGCUCUGAUGGUGUUUCCUGCUUGGCAGGGGGUUGGACUCGAUGGCCCUUGUGGUCUCUUCCAACUCUAUGAUUCUAUGAACUUUGUUCAAUAAUGGAUGUGAACCAUGUCACCUUCGCUCUGAGUGGGGUUUGGGUCCAGGACAGCGAUGCAGAGUUUGCAUGACUUACAUUAACGUGGCAGUGCAUUGCGGGGGGAGGGGGUCAGGUGUUGGAUUUGAUGCUUCUGUGUCACCUGUCACAGUAUGCUGGCAGUGUGGCCCCACCGGUUUCAAGAGAGUCAGGUGCCCCGCAGGCGUGCUGAAAUGCUGAGGGGUUGAAGAUGCCACACAUCAACAAUGACAUUAAGUUAGACUCCAAGGAUGUCUGCUUGAGGCUGAAACGGAGCACUCUCAAUUCUCGCAGUGGGGGACUUUGUUCAAUAAUCUGGAGCGCCAUUUCUUUCCGAGGCUCUAAUUAGCAUCUCUUUUCAUUGCAGAUGGUGAAGAAUUGGAAGAGAAGAACAAGGGGGACCAGAACAGAAUCCACAUAGCAGAGAAGUCAUAUAAAUAUUCAGAGUGUGGAGAGAACAUCCGUCAGAGCUCCCAGUCCACCUCCCAUCAAAGAAAGAGCUUCGUUAGGAGGGAUAGCUUCACUUCACACGAAAGAACAAAGAGUAGGGAGAAAUUGUAUCAGUGCAGAGAAUGUGGAAAGAGUUUCACUCGGAAGGGCAGUCUCGCUUCCCAUCAUAGAAUUCAUACAGGAGAGAAACCCUAUAACUGCAUGGAAUGUGGAAAGAGCUUUAGUUACAGCUACCAUCUCACUUCCCAUCAAAGAAUUCAUACAGGGGAGAAACCCUAUCAUUGCUUGCAGUGUGGGAAGAGCUUCAAUCGGAAGCAUCAUCUCACUUCCCAUCAAAGAAUUCAUAUGGGGGAGAAACCCUAUCAGUGCUUCGAAUGUGGGAAGAGCUUCAGAAAAAGUUCCCAUCUCAGUUCUCAUCAAAUAAUUCAUACAGGGGAAAAACCCUAUCAGUGCUUCGAAUGUGGAAAGAGCUUCAGUAUCAGCCAUAAUCUCACUUCCCAUCUUAGAAUUCAUACAGGUGAGAAACCCUAUCAGUGCCUGGAAUGUGGAAAGAGCUUCAGGGAUAGGUCAAAUCUCUCUUCCCAUCAAAGAAUUCAUACAGGGGAGAGACCUUUUCAAUGCCAUGAGUGUGAAAAGAGCUUUCAUCACAGUUCCGGUCUCACUUCCCAUCAAAGAAUUCAUACUGGGAAGAAACCCUAUCAGUGCUUGGAAUGUGGGAUGAGGUUCAAUCGGAAUAAUAGUCUCACUUCCCAUCAAAGAAUUCAUACAGGGGAGAAACCCUAUCAGUGCUUCGAAUGUGGAAAGAGCUUCAGUCAGAGCUCCAAUCUCACUUCCCAUCAAAGAAUUCAUACAGGGCAGAAACCAUAUCAGUGCUUGGAAUGUGGAAAGAGCUUUCGUCAGAGAGGUGAUCUCACUUCCCAUCAAAGAAUUCAUACAGGGGAGAAACCAUAUCCAUGCCUGGAAUGUGGGAAGAGCUUCAGUCACAGGCAGACUCUCACUUUGCACCAAAGAAUUCAUACAGGGGAGAAACCCUAUCAGUGCUUGGACUGUGGAAAGAGUUUCAUUCGGAAGGAUCAACUCACUUCCCAUCAAAGAAUUCAUGCAGAGGGAAGACCAAAAAAGAAAAGUAAUAAAGCAAAAAUUAUUAAACAAUCCGUACCAAACACAGUUGAAUGGGAAAGAGAAAGGGACAGGUGAGAAUAACUAAAAAUACCCUUUAUCACAUUUGUAUCAUAUAACAAUAGAAUGGGAAACACCAAAGAUCUGUUCAAGAAAAUUGGAGAUAUGAUAGGAACAUUUCGGGCAAAAAUUACCAUAAUAAAGGACAAAAGUGGUCAGGAGUUACAGUGAGGGGGGGUGAGUAUUUGAUCCCCUGCUAAAUUUGCCUGUUUGCCCUCUGACAAAGAAAUAAGCCAUCCUUAAUUUUAAUGGUAUGUUUAUUUGUAGCUGUGAGAGACAGAAUAACAACAAGAAAACCCCCAGAAACCCAGAAGACAAAAGUCAGAGAUUGAUGUGCUGUGCAUUAUAAUGAGUGAAAUAAGUAUUUGAUCCCUUUGCAAAAGAUGACUUAGUACAUGGUGGCAAAACACUUGUUGGCAAUUACAGAGGUCAGACGUUUCUUGUAGGUGGCCACCAGGUUUGCACACAUCUCAGGAGGUAUUUUGUCCCACUCCUCUUUGCAGAUCCUCUCCAACUCAGUAAGAUUUCAAGGCUGAUGUGUAGCUACUCGAACCUUCAGCUCCCUCCACAGAUUUUUGAUGGGAUUAAGGUCUGGAGACUGGCUAGGCCACUCCAGGACCUUAAUGUGCUUCUUCUUGAGCCAUUCCUUUGUUGCCUUGGCCAUGUGUUUUGGGUCAUUUUCAUGCUGGAAUACCUAUCCUCGACCCAUUUUCAAUGCCCUGGUAAGAUUGAUUGCUUCUGUCAACAGGUGUCUUUUGCACAGGUACUGUAACGACCUGGGAUAACAGGUAAGACUUCUCCCUUACACCAAGUGCUUCUAAUCUCAGUUUAUUACAUACAGUGAAGAUACCAGGUAGAUUUGACAUCUGGCUGGUUGAUAGGGGAUCAAGUACUUAUUUCACUCAUUAUAAUGCACAUCAAUCUCUGACUUUUGUCUUCUGGGUUUCUGGGGGUUUUCCUGUUGUUAUUCUGUCUUUCACAGCUACAAUAAACCUACCGUUAAAAUUAUGGACUGGUCAUUUCUUCGUCAGAGGGCAGCGAUGGAUAAUUUUGGGAAUAUAUGCUCCCAAUGAGAGGACAUCUGAACUUUAUAAAGGGGGGAUAUAAACUUUAUAGGGAAUAUAAUGUUAAUGGGAGAUCUAAAUGGGGCCAUUUCAUUAGGUUAGGCAGGAUAAUAUAGAAAUUGGACACAAAUGGAGGGGGAAAUGGCUAAUUCCUUUUUGUACAUGACAACAAAUUAGUGGACUUAUGGAGACAAACAUCCAUUAGACAGGGAAUAUACAUUUUAUUAUAAUGCUUAAAACUCAACAAGUAGAAGAGAUGCGGUGUGGGCAACAAAAUAAUUGGCUCUUUUGUUGGAAAGUGGAAAUACAACUGAGAAACAACCUUAAGACCACUAUUCAGUAUUAGUUAUAUGUCAAAGGGAACAAUUAACACAUAGAAGAUGGAGACUAAAUGAAGCUUCCGGGAGAGGGGCCAAGCUCACUAGCCAUCAAAGAAUUCAUACAGGGGAGAAAUCUUUUCAAUGCCAUGAGCGUGGAAAGAGCUUUUGUCACAGUUCGUCUCACUUCCCAUCAAAGAACUCAUACAGGUCAGAAACCGUAUCAGUGCUUUGAAUGUAUUUUCCAGUUUCUACCCUCAAGACUUUUGCCAUGACAUUUUACCCCUCUGCCAGAAGAGCAUCUUUAGCUCCCUAGUUUCUGUGGCAACACUUUUUGGGAUGUGGCUCUUUGCAGGCACAAUUGUAUUCAAUAAAGGCUUAUCUUUCCACUUGGACACUUCCUCCUUUUCUUUU